CCCCUCCCCAUGCCCCCCAAACUCCCUCCCAGAGCCUGCACCUCCACCCAACACCCCCUCAUCCCCCAAACUCCAUCUCAAAGCAUGCACCCCAGACCCUCUCCCCCUCUCAAAUUCCCUCCCAGAGCCCAACCUCUCACACCUUCUGCAUCCAAACUCCUCCCAGACCCUGCACCCCAAUCUCCUGCCCCAGACCUCCUCCCCCACACAAACUCCAUUCCAGAGCCUUAGGCAGGUGGGGGUGGAGUUUUUUGGGGGGCAGGUUCUGGGCGACAUGAGUGACAUUGGCCUGCUGGGAGGAUUUGAGGAUGGCACUAGCGCUAAGGUAAAAUGAGUUUGAGACCCCUGAUCUAGACCAUCCUUGACAGGUGUUUGUCUAACCUGCUCUUAAAAAUCUCCAACGAUGGAGAUUCCACAGCCUCCCUAGGCAAUUUAUUCCCAGCUUGGUAUUGUCCGCAAACUUUCUAAGUGUGACAGAGAGACUCUGUUACUGGGAGGGUUUCACCACGUGUCAGAGGGUUACACCCAGGUGGGAGGGGGCUAUGCCUGUACUGGAAGAAGGUCACUCAGUGCUUCACAGUGUAGCAGAACCUAGAAUGUCCAUUAGCAGGGAAAAAUCCUUGGGGGAAUCAGCUUGUGGAAUGGACAAAAGCCCCAUCUGAAUGCUCUCACAUUGCCCUUCUCACCCUGGCAGGCUACAGAAUAACAUCCAUAUUUCGCUUCAGAUCAACCCAUCCUCCCACGAGGAAGGAAAUGUUUGCAAUGGAGCUGGCUCAGGGUUUCCAGUUUCCAAACCUGAUGUGAUCUUGCACCUGGAAUAAGGGGAACAGCUGUGGGUCUCAGACCUCUUUGGCUCAGAAAAAAAGUGCUCCCGAGAGCUGUCUGCACAGGUGAUAGGAUGGUGAGUGAGAACGAGGAGACACCCCAGCAGGAAGAUGCUAAGCAAGUAGAACCACAUGGAACGUUAUCAGGAAGACCCAAAGGGAAUGUUUCCGGGAGUUGUGCACUCCCACAAAGAACAAAUGCCUGUGAGACUAAGCACAGGGCAGAGGAAAACUUCAGUAGCCACUCAGACUUUAUUACGCGUGAGAGCAUCAACUUGGAAGAGGCACGCUACAGAUGCCAUAAGUGUGAGAAAAGCUUCAAUGGGAGCUCAGACCUCCUCACACAUCAGAGAAUCCACAGGGGAGAGAAACCCUACAUGUGCUCUGAGUGUGGGAACAGCUUCAAUCGGAGCUCACACCUUAUCAGACAUAGGAGCAUCCACACAGGAGAGACGCCCUACACGUGCUCUGAGUGCAGGAAAAGCUUCAAUCGGAAUUCAAGCCUUAUUAGACAUCAGAAAACCCACACAGGAGAAAAACCCUACACGUGCUCUGAGUGUGGGAAACGCUUCAGUUAUAACUCAGUCCUCAUCUCACAUCAGCGAAUCCACACAGGAGAGACACCCUACACGUGUUCUGUAUGUGGGAAAAGCUUCAACCAGGGCUCAAGCCUUAUUAGACAUCAGCAAAUCCAUAGUGGAUGGACACCCUACACAUGCCCGGAGUGUGGGAAAUGCUUCAGUUAUAGAUCAGCCCUUCGCAUGCAUCAGAGAAUUCACACAGGUGACAAACCUUAUGGGUGCUCUGAGUGUGGGAAAUGCUUCAUGGAUCGUUCAGCCCUCAUCACACAUGAGAGAAUCCACACAGGAGAGAGACCCUACAUGUGCUCUGAGUGUGGGAAAAGCUUCAGUCAGAGCUCAAACCUUAUCAGACAUCGGACAAUCCACAGAGGAGAGAUGCCCUACACAUGCGCUGAGUGUGGGAAGAGUUUUAAGCAGAGCUCUGCCCUGAUCACACAUCAGAGAAUCCACACAGGGGAGAUGCCCUACACGUGCUCUGAGUGUGGGGAACGCUUCAGUUAUAGCUCAGCCCUUGUCUCACAUCAGAGAAUCCACAGAGGAGAGACGUCCUACACGUGCUCUGAGUGUGGGAAAAGCUUCAAUCGGAGCUCCAGCCUUAUUAGACAUCAGAAAAUCCACAUGUGAGAGAACGUGAUUCCGGCUGGCCAAAGCUUGUUUUUAAAAAAAUCACAAAUGCGAAUUCCCACAGAGCGACCUUUGCACCGUGUUCAGCGUGGUCUCUCAGCUCCCCUAGAUGAUUUGCCUGCUUCUUCCUUUUGCAGCUCCCCGUUCUUUGGGAUCAGUCCUGUGAUUUUUUUUUCUGUCAACUCUUUUCCUUUUGAGCUGUAGGAGUAUGUAUCCCUCCAGCCAGGAAUGUUCUUCACAGGGAGAAGAGGUGGGGGAGAGAGGUUGGAUCCCAACAAGCUACACUGAGGUAAAAACUACCUGGGCUUUCCAUCCACUAGGGCUGCGCAUGGCGUUGGCUGCUCAAGUUAGUGAUCUUGGUGUAAACAGACAAUUAUAGUUGUAGUGCAGCUGCAGCCCAGGUGCAGUGGUUGGCAUUACUUUCCCCUUGAGCUGACCUAAACUCCAUCACUUUUCCUAGUCAAAACAAACCCUGAGCAUCACGGUUAUAUUGUCCCUCCAUUUCAAAGCAAUUGUUAGUCAUCAGGGACAAUGAAAUUAAACAUGAAGUUAAUUAGUGUAACGUAAGAGGCUGAUUCUGUGAUAACUUUCAGUGUUACAUUAUGAUUCAGGUUUUCUUCUAGUUCUCUCUCUGCCCCCUCCUACUCUGUUGGAAAUGGUGGCUAAUCCUGAAAUUAAAACCUCACUGCGAAGGAAUUAGAGUGGGGGAAUAUGUGAGAGAAAUAGCAUGCAUGAGAAGAGAGACCCAGUACGGCCUGUAAUUAUUUCUAUUUAAAAUUGAAUUUAUUUUGAUAAAUUUUAAAAUAAAUCUUCUGUUAAGAGGAAAAUUACUUGAGACAAGAUGUGCAGCCUUUUACCCAUCCUGUACAGGACUGAUAUGUUUUUGUUUGUUGGUUUGUCUGUCUCUCCUCCGGUGGUUGCUUUUUAAUAAAAGAAUCAUUUUGGUUUGAAA